AUGGUCCUGGCGCAAGACGAGAUCGAUGCUUGCCGAGAAGCAUUCCUGGCAUUCGACAAGGACCGGAGUGGCACCAUUGAUGUCUGGGAGUUACGGCAAGUGCUCGAAGCAAUGGGACAGCAACCGACCGAAGAGGAGUUGUUUCAGAUGAUCAGCGAAGUAGACGAGGAUAUGAGCGGCGCUAUAGAUUUUGCCGAGUUUCUACAGGUCAUCGACAAUCAAAAGGAUCGAGCCGCUAUGUUUGAAGACGACAGUGACAUGAUCGAUGCAUUCGUUGCAUGCGGUGGCAAGCCAGACAAGUCAGGGUUCGUGCGAAAGGAGACACUGGUGAAAAUUAUUAAAGGCGACUUUGGUCUUACUAUCAAUAUUGAGGAGAUGAUCAACAAGCUGGAUGUGGAUGGCAGCGGAGAGAUCGAAUUUGACGAGUUCAAGGCCAUUCUGACGUGA